AGACUCUGCCAUGCCCCCCUAAAACGGCUCAUUUAAACACGCCCCCAUAAUUACGUCACUAUGUGGAAUUAUUUUCGUAAUUCCUUCCAAAUGUUCAUGUAAAGAAAGAAAGCAUGGAUUCAGUAAACGCAGUUAAUUGAAGCAGCCAUGUCAGAUAGAUGCAUUUAGGAAUCUUUAAGAUCAUUUACAACAGAACAGAACACAUUUUAUGGACAAACCUAGUAGAGGAGGUCAUUCUGACAUUGCUAUGACAAUCUGGCACUUCUGUGUGUGUGUGAGAGAGAGAGGGUCACACAGUUGAGUCAGCUGUCUUAACCAUCCAUGGCUUGUGCACUGCAAACACAUUCAAGCUUCAUCACUGUGUCACGCGACUCUGUUCUUCUUUCGGGCUUGAACUGAUGGUAAAACUAAGGACAUUAUUAACUGUCUUUACAUUUAUUCUGAAAGAUCAAUCUCACGAUUAUGGAAAGGGAUGUAACAUUUCCGAUGAGUUCUUGCUGUGUUUGAACAAUCACAAUGCAUGGAUUUGUCGAACAUUUGAGAGAGGUGGAGAAUAGAGGACCUACAAUAAUGUACAGUAUUUGAAAAAUAAUCAGUUUUUUUUACAUUAAAGCAUGUCAACAUAUUCUGUUACACCAAAUACACAAAAUAAUGAUCUUUAAAAAAGCAUCAUAUGACCCCUUGAAUUUAAAGGUUUAAGGGAGGACCUUCAUUAUUUUAUUUUUAUUUUUUAAGUGCCCCUAUUAUGCCAGUAUCCUAAAACAAGUUUACAUGCAUCCAAGUUCAACGGGUGUCAGAAAUGAAACGCUUAUUGCCAUGACAGAAUGACAGCCCUGGAGACUUGUCAAUACAUAGAAAAGAUGGUAUGGAUUGUAGCUUACCAAAUCGAGCUGGAGGUUGAAGUGGUUGAUUGACAAGAGGCUGAUUCACAAGCACGUCUGGAGCAGGACGUUUCUCAGUGGUAAGUGUCAAGUGUUAACAAGUUUGUGGUAAUUAUAAGAUGUGAUAAAACACAUUUACUCUCCCAGUCUAUGAUACAGCAACUUCUCGACAUGAUGUUAACCACAAAUGUGUUACUUCGUGAUGUAGAGCUGUAACAGAAUAGAUUCAAAUACCCGAUGACUCGUUUAGGUAAUUGAGAACCGUAAUUUUUUUUUUUUGACAGACAAUAACUUUAUCUAUCAUGCAUUGUCGGCUUCUCAACUUUGCAGAUAGGUUAUGUUCAAAUACAGCUACAUGACACACUGCAUGAAAGGAGCGUCAGAGUAUUAUCAAAUAUUGGAUGGAUAAUCUGCGGGCGAAAUAUGGCGAGGCCCUUCAUAACAUUCACUUCCUGGAGGGCCAACCAAUCAUACCAGAGCUUAUAGCCAGGGGUGUGAUUCUUCAAAUGUUUCCUCUUCACGAGCAGAGAAUCCUGAAUCAGCUGAUGACGUCCUGGGUUCAGGCAGUCUGCGAGAGGCAACCUCUAGAUGACGUGUGUGAUUAUUUUGGUGUGAAGAUUGGCAUGUAUUUUGCUUGGUUGGGCUUUUACACCAACUCUAUGCUGUAUCCAGCAGUGAUUGGCUUUCUGCUCUGGAUCUUUGCUGAGUCUGAUCAGACAAGUCAGGAUAUCUGCUGUGUGGUGUUUGCCAUUUUCAAUGUGGUGUGGGCAACGCUCUUCCUGGAGAGAUGGAAGCGGCGGGAAGCAGAACUGGCAUAUAAGUGGGGAACGCUGGACACCCCAGCAGAGUCACUAGAGGAACCCCGUCCACAAUUUCGGGGAAUUAAGCGUCGCAGUCCGGUGACUGGCUGUGAAGAGUUUUUCUACCCACCCUGGAAGAGGAGAAUGUUCCGCUGGUUGGUCAGCUUUCCCAUCUGCAUCCUUUGUCUCUGCUUUGUCUGUUUGGCCAUGUUUAUCUGCCUGGAGUUUCAAGAAUUUGUCAUUGAAACAAAGGAGUUGCCAAGCAUAUGUAGAUUUUUCCCCAAAAUUCUUCUAGCUGUAACCGUUACUGUAUGUGAUGAAGUGUACAAGAAAAUUGCUCUCUGGCUCAAUGACAUGGAAAAUUACAGACUUCAAAGCACUUAUGACAAUAAUCUCAUCCUCAAGACUGUUUUUUUUCAGUUCGUAAAUUCCUACCUCAGCCUUUUCUACAUUGGAUUUUAUCUCAAAGACAUGGAGCGGUUAAAAGAGAUGCUGGCCACGUUGUUGAUCUUCCGCCAGUUUCUACAAAAUAUCAAAGAAGUGUUACAGCCGUAUCUCUAUGAGCACCAUAAAUUAGGUGCUCUGAGGACAUUGUGGGACUUAAUUCAAUCCAUGCUCCUGAACUAUAGUCAUUUAAUAGUGGAAAGAAUACGACUAACUUGCCAAGCCAGUCUGGAUGUGAAUAAAAGUGUCUCACCUCCAGAGCAAUCAGAAAAGAGAGAAAGGAGGAGUUUAAUCGCCAGCUACAGAGUUCCCAAAACAGAGGAAGGGGAUGAUGAUGCUGGACUAAAGCAAAGGAAGGUCAGCUUCACCGAGAAGGUGGAAUACAAAGACAAGGUUGUGGAAGCACCGACACAGGCCAACUUACAGGACGAUGGCAGUCCUACCCUUGUGGAGAAAGGAAUGGAUCCAUCCUUAAUAUUUGAUAUACGUGAUGAUGACGACGACGAUGAUGAUAGAGACACUGAUGUUUCUGUGAGUAAACCUCAAGGAACUCAGAGAAGAAAGAUCCAAUCUUCUGGGGAAAACAACAGUACGGAAAAGAAAAUGUCCUGGAUGGACCCUCCAGAGGAGAACGAAUCCACUGUUUUGACCCAACCAGAGAUUGAAAGUUGCAUGCUAACUUAUGAGGAUACUCUUCAGGAUUACCAGGAGAUGUUCAUACAGUUUGGCUACGUUGUGCUCUUCUCUUCUGCAUUUCCUCUGGCAGCAAUGUGUGCCCUCAUAAACAACAUUGUAGAAAUCCGAAGCGAUGCCUUAAAACUUUGCACAGGCCUCCAGAGACCCUUUGGGCAAAGGGUUGAAAACAUUGGACAAUGGCAGAUCGCAAUGGAGGCAAUGGGUCUGAUCGCAAUAAUUGUGAACUGUUACCUUAUUGGCCAGUGUGGACAGCUGCAACGACUCUUCCCCUGGUUGAGCCCCGAGACGGCCAUCAUCUCUGUUGUAGUGCUAGAGCACUUCGCCAUUCUGCUCAAAUAUAUAAUUCACGUUGCAAUUCCUGAUAUUCCAAACUGGGUGGCAGAUGAGAUGGCCAAACUUGAAUACCAGCGGAGAGAAGCUCUAAAGAAACAUGAACGCCUUGCACAGCAGCACCAGCAGCAGCAAAGGAGGAAGUCUGAAGAAGAAGAGGAGCAUCAAAAAAUGGCCGAGGAAUUGGCACGACAAGAUCAAGACAAGUCCGAUCUGCAUGGAGGUGAAGAACAUCCCCGUGAAAAAAGCCCAGGGGCCAAGUUCAGCUCGGGAGAUAAACUCAAAAGACCCAGCUCCCUUUUAGGCAACAAUAAUGUAAUGAAACUUAAACACAUAAUCCCACUCCAGGGUAAAUUCACCUCUACCACUUCUCCCACAAGUGGCGAGGCCAAACUUCCCGGUUUUCUAAAGUUCCUCAAAUCCCAAGAGUUAAAAAAGGAAGCCGCUGCUGCAGUCACACAAGCAGCUUCACAUGGGAGCCACGAGAAAUCACAGUCUCCCAGCAAGUCCUUCAAUCCAGGCAAACUCUUCAACUUCGGGAAGGAAAAUCCAUGUACUGGUGCUGAACAAGGGAAACCAGAAGAUGCCUCAAGGGCCACUAAUGCACAACAAACAAAUAAUGACCAAAACCCUUCAUCAGAAGAGCUUCCAUCUGAGGUUGAAAAGGGUGAUGGCUCAGACUUUGGUACUAAUCCUUCAAAAAAACAGUGAAUUAAAUGUUGAUACUACUCAGUUAAUAUAUAGCACUGAUUGUAAUGCUUAACAUUUGCUUAAAUGUGAUAAAGCAACCAUGUAGUGAGUUGGAACUGCAUGUCAGAAAUCAUUUUAAUACAAUAUAUUAAUCUGAGACCUCCAUAUAUAAUUUACUCACUGAAGGCGGCAUGCUAAGUCACCUGCAUGAUAAAAUCAGUUUAGGCAUGGGCUAGCAAGAAAGGACGUUUGAAUGAGCACUGUAAAAUGUAUAGAUUUUUAUAUUUUUCUAUGCAUUAUUAUUUUUCUUAUGAUACAGUAAAUAUGACAAUCUAAAAAUAAUGCAUUGUCCUUGCUAAUUUUGAUCUUAUGAGUGUGAAUCCACAAUGCAAUAAAAUGAAAUUACUGCGAAAAUAAAUGUAAAAAAUUGAAUAUCA